GGCAGCGAUGACGUGACGUAAGGUCCAGCCUUGCGGAGAGAGCGCAACAAACAUGGCGACAGAGCGGAGUGGACAGGGGUAUCUUCUAACUUUCAUCGUGUUCCUCUGGAGCUCUGUCGGCGGGCGGACGGAGACGUCAAGCCCCGACUCCAGCAGUCAGAUCCUGGGCAUGCGGCUAGAGAGGAGCGGCAAAGCGGCCAGCACGACGGAGGACGGGCUCAUCCAGGUAACAGAGGAGAGCAACGUCGUGCUCAGGUUUUAUGGGCUGCACCUGAGCCCGGACACAGCAUCCCACAUCAGGUUCACAGAGUAUGUGGAUACGGAGGACAGUGACGAGUUAAACAGGACUUGUGAGGAUUUCACCAAAGACCUGAGCAUCAGCACCUUCAUGAACGUGAGCAACAGAGGGACGUCAGGUCUGGUGAGUGUGUAUGUGAAGCCACUGCGUAAGAGUGAACGAGAAAAGAUCUACAGCCUAUGUGUCAGGCAGGGUUUGGGAGACAAAUGGGUCCAGCUGGGUGAAAGCGAUGGAAGAUUGUUAGUCAUAGAGGAGAAAGAAUCUUUUCUACCUCUUUGGUUCCAAAUCAUCCUUAUUAUAGGUUUGCUGAUGCUGUCCGGCAUGUUCAGUGGGCUCAACCUGGGGCUCAUGGCAUUGGAUCCAAUGGAGCUUCGCAUUGUACAAAGCUGUGGAACUAAUAAGGAAAAGAAAUAUGCGCGAAAAAUCGAACCCAUUCGAAGCAAGGGCAACUAUCUGCUUUGCUCUUUAUUGUUGGGUAACGUGCUGGUCAACACAACUUUAACAAUCCUGCUAGAUGAUUUGAUUGGGUCGGGGUUGGGAGCCGUAGUGGCAUCUACUGUUGGCAUUGUCAUAUUUGGUGAAAUUGUGCCACAAGCUCUGUGCUCGCGUCACGGUUUGGCUGUAGGUGCCAACACCAUCAUGUUGACCAAAUUUUUCAUGCUCCUGACCUUUCCAUUAUCAUUCCCCGUCAGUAAGCUCUUGGAUUGCGUUCUUGGGCAGGAAAUCGGCACCGUCUACAAUCGCGAGAAGUUGUUGGAGAUGCUGAGGGUCACCGAACCCUACAACGACCUGGUCAAAGAAGAACUGAACAUCAUACAAGGUGCACUGGAACUCCGAACCAAGACGGUUGAGAAUGUGAUGACGCCUCUGAGCAACUGCUUCAUGAUUCACAUUGACACCGUGCUCGACUUUAAUACCAUGUCUGAGAUCAUGGAAAGCGGCUACACGCGGAUUCCCGUGUACGAUACCGAGCUCUCCAACAUCGUGGAUGUCCUGUACGUCAAAGAUCUGGCCUUCGUUGACCCCGACGACUGCACGACGCUUAAAACGGUCACUAAGUUCUACAAUCACCCGGUGCAUUUCGUCUUCCACGACACUAAGCUGGAUGCCAUGUUGGAGGAGUUUAAGAAAGGUAAAUCCCACCUGGCCAUCGUUCAGAAGGUGAAUAAUGAGGGCGAAGGAGAUCCGUUCUACGAGGUCCUGGGUCUGGUCACGCUGGAGGACGUCAUCGAGGAGAUCAUCAAAUCUGAGAUCCUGGACGAGUCUGAUCUUUACACUGACAAUAGUAACAGAAAGAAAGUGGAUCCCAACAAGAACAAGAGGGACUUUUCUGCUUUCAAACAUGAGAGUGAAUCCAAAUCCAAGAUAUCGCCUCAACUAAUGCUAGCAGCGCAUCGUUUCCUCGCUACUGAGGUGAGCCUUUUCUGUCCACUCCAGAUUUCGGACAAGGUCUUACUGCGAAUCCUCAAGCACCCGGAUGUCAUUCAGGAGAUUAAGUUCAAUGAGAACGACAAGCGCUCACAACAGCACUAUUUAUAUCAGCGUGGAAAACCUGCCGACUUUUUCAUCCUUAUCCUUCAGGGUCGGGUGGAAGUUGAGGCUGGAAAUGAGAAUAUGAUGUUUGAAACAGGGCCUUUCUCUUAUUAUGGAGUCAUGGCACUGUCUACACCAUGCCUGGAGUUUCGCUCCCCGUCUCACUUGAGUGGUUUGAACCGCUCGGCCUCUCUGAGCCACACAGAAAGAGUCGACUCUGUGUCCGUCAUCGGCAGUAACAGUCAGCUCAAUAACAGCCCUGUGGCACAGUACAUCCCUGAUUUUAACGUGCGGGCCCUCACUGACCUGCAGUAUGUGAAGGUAUGUUACGUCUAUAAACAGCUGAUAACAGCAAGGUUUCAGUCUGGUCUUCACACAAAUGUAUGUAUGACUUCAGAAAAG